UUCACCUUCUCUGGCGAUGGCUCAACCAAGAAUACGCUGCAGUUCUUUUCAGUCAAAGUUGCAAAGAUUGACGAGAGUUUAAAGUGGCCGCUUGAUGUGUAUGGGUUCUUUUCCGUACGUGAUGUGGUGGAUCACAAACGCAACAUGAUCUUCUCCUGCGACAGGGAUAACUGCCAGACCAUCAGCCAAGAGGGCUUUAUGGAACGCCUUGUGAUGGGAAUUAGGCCUACAACUGGGGUCAUAUUCCGUCACUUUGUGCUUAUCAUGAAGUGCAUAUGCAAGUGUGUGAUGCAGGAUCCCUAUCUAACGCUGACAGGUCCAACCCGUGCUGUUGUGGUGACAUCAGAUCCUUCGUACUUUGAGAUUGAGCUGAAAGUGAAGGGCACUGCUGAAUCUGAGGAUAAAUAUUUAAGCCGCCUAGUUAUGACAUACAGGACGGGUUUUCUGGAUAGAAGUUUCACUAGUGGGCUUAGCACUCUGGAGAUGGCAUUCAAAGAGAUCAUCCAAUCUGUGGAGGCCACAAUCAGUGUAAAAGUCGUUGAUGGAUCAUGGCCAGAUGGUUUUCGUGGUGUAUUUUGUGCGAGCAUCGAUGACAUAGCUGGCUUGAAAGUCAAGUUGCUGGAAUGUGGAGAUGAUAGAUUGCCUCUUGAUGCUGAUGGCAACAUCAAGCUUAGAUGCAAGGUCGUUUCUGUUGGACUUGAGGGAUUGCUGAGGAUUUCUGUCAUGGCACACUGUAUUAAUGGGGAUCAGGUUGUGGAGAGUCAUUGCAGAGAAGAUGUUAAGAGUCAUGAAGUAGUGUUUGAACCCAGGAGAUCGGGUACAAGCUCCAAUACUGAGCUUAAGAUUGGCUCUUGCAGAAUGGAAGUCACUGUGAGCUGGUCCCUUUUCUCUUAUCAGCUGUAACUUACCUGGCAAGGUUAUUGCUACUAGAGCCCAUCUGCUUUAAGCAACAGCUGUCGCAUUUUAAGUGCUAUUUUGUGCUAUACUAAACAAAGUAUGUAUUUCUUAUUGUUGCCUGUAUGGAUAAAGUUAGAUUUUCAUA